UAAAUAAUUAAAUUUCAGCCAAAAAUCAUUCGCUCCUAAAAUUAGCUCUCUUUCUGCACCAAUUUUGUCGGUGAAAGAAAGAGAGAAGAAGAUUAGCCUGGUGGUAAGCUUCUGUAUUUAGUAUUUAGUAUUCACGGUUGUGGACAAAGUGAGAUUCCACAAUUCACAAUCCUUCUUACAGAGAGAAAGCGAGAGAGAUUCCACAAUGGAAUAGGUACAAUUGGUAUCCGAGCAAAGCGGAAAAAGCCCAUUUUUUGCUUCUCGAUUUCUCAGUCUUCCUUCAAGAAACGGCUUUUCAGAAACAGACAAGUUUUGGCACAGCUUAGCGAUUGAUACAAGCUCCUUUCUCUCCCUUCACUCAUUUCACGCCCAGUCGCCAGCUACAGUUUUAGAAUACCAGGUAAACAAUAUGGUCCACAAAACCCCGUGUUCAAAAUUGAUCCCCUGUAGAUGAUGAAGUCAGCUCUUAUUGAAUCCAAAUCGAUGCAUUCUUAAAAUCAGAGUAUAAUCUUUGGGCGCGGUUUAUGCAUGAUUUCUAAAAUGUCAAUGGCAAACCCUUUCAAGAAGAUUGUGUCUGCCGUCAUACUUGAUUUAGAUGGUACCCUUCUCAAUACAGAUGGAUUAGUAUCUGAUGUUUUAAAGGGUUUUUUGGUCAAGUAUGGGAAACAGUGGGAUGGAAGAGAAGCUAGUAAAAUAGUAGGAAAGACCCCUUUGGAAGCUGCUGCUGCUAUAGUGGAAGAAUACGGGCUUCCUUGUGCAACAGAAGAAUUUAUUGCAGAAAUCACUCCUGUGUUCUCUGAUCAGUUGUGCAAAAUUAAAGCACUUCCAGGUGCCAAUCGGUUAAUUAAACAUUUAAGUGGUAAUAAUGUACCUGUGGCAUUGGCUUCAAACUCUCCAAAGGCAAGCAUAAAAUCCAAAAUUUCAUAUCACCAGGGCUGGCAGGAAUCCUUCUCUGUCAUUAUUGGUGGCGAUGAAGUAAGAACUGGGAAACCAUCUCCUGAAAUAUUUUUGGAAGCAGCUAAAAGGCUGAAUGUCGAACCCUCCAGUUGCCUGGUCAUUGAGGAUUCUUUGCCAGGUGUUAUGGGUGGUAAGGCUGCUGGAAUGGAAGUGGUUGCUGUACCAUCACUUCCAAAACAAUCUCAUCUUUAUACAUCAGCAGAUGAAGUGAUAAACUCUCUACUUGAUUUGCGAACUGAAAAGUGGGGCCUACCUGCAUUUGAAGAUUGGAUUGAGGGUACCUUGCCAGUGGAACCUUGGCAUAUUGGCGGUCCUGUAAUUAAGGGAUUUGGUCGUGGCUCAAAGGUCCUCGGGAUCCCCACUGCUAAUAUAUCCACAGAAGGUUAUUCAAUGUUGCUUUCAGAACACUCCUCUGGCGUGUAUUUUGGUUGGUCUGGACUAUCGACCCGCGGUGUGUAUAAAAUGGUCAUGAGUAUUGGUUGGAACCCAUAUUUUAACAACGCAGAAAAGACUAUAGAGCCAUGGCUGCUUCAUGAAUUUGAUGAAGAUUUCUAUGGUGAGGAAUUGCGUCUUGUUAUAGUUGGCUAUAUUCGACCUGAGGCUAAUUUCACAUCACUUGAGAGCUUGAUAGCGAAGAUUCACGGCGACGGAAGAAUUGCAGAGAGAGCCCUUGAUCUUCCAUUGUACUCAAAAUAUAGGGAUGAUCCAUACUUGAGAGGCUCUUCAUUGUAAUGGAAAUGAUACAUGAAUUUCCUGAAAUAUUGGAGAAAAAAGAAAAACUUUUAUUGCCAUAACUAUAUUUUAUUUUUCUGGUCA